CAAACGUAAACAAACUGGCUUGCGGGCGAGGUUUCAGCUAGACAGCCCUGAGAAAGUCAUCAGACAAGUAACAUCCUUAAACCAUCGCCAAAGGAAUAAGGAUUUCAGAGCAGAAUAUUUGAAGACUACCGCUGUGUGAAGUGUGUUUUAUAUUCCGCCAGAUGGCUUCUCUGGAGGACCAGUAUCAGAAGGCCUUGAGGCUUUACCAGGAGGACAGUGCCAAUGACCCAGAGUCUGAGCCUUACAAAUCCAAAUAUGCUGCCAGGGAGAUAUUUGAAGAGCUGAAAUCUCGUCUAAGCAAACAGUUGGAUGAAGAUGAUGUUGAUGAUGCUGCAGAGGACCAGCUAGUUGAGGAAGGAGUUGAUGGUGUAGGUUUGACAAGGGCACGCAUGGCUGCUGUAGUUUAUCACCUGGGUGUUAUUGCUGUAGAGACCGAAGAGCUGUCAACAGGAGAGGAGCACCUGAAGAGAGCCCUUAUCAUCCUUGGAGAUCAUGAGGGAAUUGCCACGGGUGUGUCCUCAAUGAAAGUUGGGGAUGAGGGAGUGCUUUCAGCAGCACUGUCAGGUGAUGUAGAUUCCCUGCUGUCCAGCUCUUCCAGCGAAUCUGUGUCAGUCAGUCCUGCCACCAUAAGUGCUACAAGUGUUGCAUUGGCCAUCAGUUGCCACAACCAGCUUGGCAUUCUCUGGUCUCAUAGGAAUGUGUUUAGCACAGCAAGACGUCAUUUGGAUCGUGCCAAUGUAAUUUAUGAAGAGUAUCAGAAGCAGAAUGCAAGUUCACCAAGGACAAUCCACAGCUUGUUCUCUGCAUGUUCAGAGGGAGACCCAGAUGAAAACAGUGGUACAGCUGCCUUGGAGAAACUGCAUACCCUUACCUUUUAUUAUCUGGCACAGGUGUUUGGACAUCUUGGCAUGCCAGAAAAGUCAGCUUGGUACUGUCAUUCUACUCUUCAAAGGCAGUUGGCAAGCAAAGACUAUGACCCUGUUGAAUGGGCUAUCAAUGCAGCCACUCUGUCUCAGUUCUAUCAAGGCAAAGAGAAGUUCAGAACGGCAAGACAUCUGCUGGCAUCAGCCUCAAAAGUGUUAUCCAACCACGAGGCAGAAUUUGACACCCAGCAAGCAGAGUCAGAGGAAACUGCUUCGAAACAGGAGAGGUACAAACGGCGUUGUGCAGAUGUAGCCCGGUGCUGGGGCAGAUACUGUCUCCUGCUGAUGCAAGUAUCAGUUAACCGUGCCAUUCCUGAUGACCCGCAGGAUGAGCCCAGUGAGCAACAGGAACCAGAAGAAUCUCUGGACAGACAGCUAGAAUUCGUGCAACUAGAAGUGAGUGAUCUUGAAUCUGAGGUUGUAUCAGCACCAGUAAGCACCUUUGAAGAAAUGCGUCCUCUGUUUUUGUGUGGCUUAAGGCAUUUUACAGAGGCUCGGCAGUAUUAUAGCCUUGAGGACCAUGCCAGUGACCAUGUUAGCAUCACCCAGGACAUGAGUCAGUUGUAUAAAGCUCUUGCAUUCUUUGAGCCAAGUGAAGACAGAAGAUCCAAGAUGCACAAACGAAGGAUUGAUCUCUUAAAAAUUCUCGUCCAGGAACUAAACCCUCAGUAUUACCUUCAUGUAUGCAGGCAGCUGAACUAUGAAAUUGCAGAGACCUUCUCAGCCAUGAUGGACAGCAAACUGGCCCUUUUGGAGCAUGGUUCAGGGACACCAACACCUGCUCAGGCCAAGAAGAUUAAUACCCUCGCAACCUCAAGCAUACAGCACUUCCUCCACUACCUUGAUUCCAUGAAGGAUACUGCAAGUGGAGAACAGCCAGAGAAGUACUCAGAGGAUUCCGUAAGGCCAGCACUGAUUGCUUGGUUCCACUUGGGUCGUUUAUGGUCGAAGCUCGUUUCUCCGUCCCCCCAAAGCCGACUCCAGAAUAUUGCCCAUUCUCUCCAGAAUUACAAGAGGGUAGUGGCAUACUGUGAAAAAAAUCCAGACUGUGAAUCGGUUGUAGCCCAAGAAUUGGCCAUCUGUCGGGAAAUGGUCCAGCUCUUGCCUCUCAAGAUGGAGCAGAUCAGGGCUCAGUGUUGAUAAACUACCUGACUCUUAGGAAACCAAAGAACUUUGAUUUCAUUAAAAAAAUUUGCAGAUAUGGUUGUGAUGUGAAAAGUGCAUGAAUGUGGUGAGAACAUUUCAAGUUGACAUUCCAUACUGGGGAGGUAGUGAAUUUGUAAUUGAAGUUUGUUGUUUCAAACUUGGUUGUUAAGCAAAUGAGAUGUGGUUCUGUUGGGAUGCAAUGAUAAAAAGUUAAAUUUUACAAAGAUAGCACUUUAUACUUGAUCAUUACAUUUUAAGUUAAAGAGAUAUAACAAGUAAAAUUUCAAGGUAGAAAGAUUUUGAUGACCAUGUAAUACAUGGCAAGUUACAACCCAUGAGAAACACUUAGCUGAGCAUAGGAUUUUUUUCAGCAUCUUUUACCCUAUAUGAAAGAUUAGUUGCAGAAUAGAUAUAUGAUGUUAAAUAUGUGAUAUAUAAUGCUUGCUGUAAUUCUGUACAGAUCAAUAUACUGCUUAAGUGUGAUUUAAUAUACUUCAACUUGAGAUUUUGGGCAAAUAUAUCUUGCUGUUUGGAUAAGCAUAACUCAAAUUAUGUUAACUUAAUAUGUGGUAAUGAGUUUUAGGUAAGAGUUAUCUGUAUUUUGUAGCUAUAAAGUAGAAAAAUUAUAUAUUAUAGCUAUUUUUCAAGAAAUUAUAUGAAAAAUCUGGCAAGCUACUGCAUAGAGAAGAGGCGAUAAACAGGAGUGUUUUCACCAUUUACCUAGAAAAGUUAUUUUUGUGAUUUUUUUCUAUAUAUUAUGCUUCUGUUCAGAUAUCUGUUAUUUCCAUUUACAUAACUUCUUUUUUAAAUAUACCAAGUAUAUAUUUUCAUUUGGCUGUUCGAGGCCAUGAAGGCAUCAUGAGAAUACCAUUGUAUGCAUUGGUUAUUUUUGGAGUUGAUCAAAUAGAAUUACUUUCAAGUAGCUGUGUAAUGUGUGGCAUACAUAGAAAAGCUGAUCUUUGAAAGGUAGUUCUUGUAUAAAUGAGGAAAAUAAAAUAAAAAGCCUUUAUAAAUUAAAGGGUUCUUUUCAACUUCUUUGCUUGGGUUCAUUAAACAGUUUACAAAUUCAGUAAGUAAGCAGUUAGGUUGACUGCUUAUAUGAUCAUGUUCUUUGUUUGUUAAUUAUCUAAUUUAUAACUUUUUAGUUCUGGAAACUACACUAUAGUAGAACAUGCUUACAUUUAUACUACUGUGUAGAUGGUUUUCAUCCAGUUGUACCAGUUGACAUCUAAUCAGGUUAUGGUGAACUUGGUCUAAAUGCAAGAUGGCAAGUGUCCAUGCCACAUGCAGUUGGCUGCUUUUAGUUGUGUGUGUUAAACAGCAGGUUGCAUGUCUGGCCCUGUGAUCAUUGAGGAGAUAUAGCCCCUUAAGCAUAGGUUUAAUGUCUCUUUAAGCCUCAAAUGUGUGUGCCACAGCUUAAAGCGUAAAGAACAGGGUAUGUGUAUGUUUCCUUCACUCCUAGUUUUUUGCUAGAACAGCUGACUAUAAUGCAUGGCACAUGGCUCAUUAUGGUGUGCAGAAAGCCUGUCAUCAGUGAGUUAAGUAAAGCAAGAUACAGAUGGUGAGCUACUUUUAAGUGAAAGAAAAAGAAUAAAAGAAAAUAUCAAUAACUUCCAUGUGUGAAAGUCCCAAUACUACUUGCUCUCUGGUUUGUUUGUAAUUGCAUGUGAUUAUGCAAUUUGGCAACUUAAAUGGAAAAGACGAUAUGCGUAAAGUCAGCAAUUUAGAUACCUUGGAAUAUGACUCUCUGCAUUUUGUAGGAAUACUGUAUAUUCCUCUGUGUGUGUGUGUGCGUGCAUGUGAGUGUAUUUGUUCUUGUAAGUUUGUACAAAAACUUUUAGAAAGUAUGCAUGGAAAUUUGUCUACAUCCCUAUUUUUAUGAAUCUCCACAUGAUCUCGCACUAAUUGUGUAUAUGGCGCAGAUUGAUAGAGAGUAAGAAGGAAAGUUGCCUCCUUUUUUUUCUGUUUAUUCAAGCUGUGAACACUUUUUGCUUUUAUGUGUAAUUUUUAUCUCCCAUCAACUUUCUCAUAUCUAGUCAUGGCAUUCAACAGAAAGUUUUGAUGCAAACAAAUGGAACUAACACAGUGACUAGUUUUGUCAAAGGAAAAUCAUACCUUUCAAAAAAUUGUGCUGAAAUAAGCAAAAGAAAUAAGGUAAGUUGUUCAUUUCUACCAACUUGGAAGAGAUGGCAGAGGUUAACUUAUUGUAAAUUGUAAUAUUUUGCCUAACUAUCUUUCAUCACCACUAACAGCUUUACGUUUGCAAAUGAAUUGCAAAGGCUCAUGCUAUUGUAUACAGUGCUGAUCUGCAUUUCAUUGGCCUCUGGCUCUCAAGAAAGUGAUUACCACAUAGUUCAAGUUGAUAUGAGUAUUAUUAAACAUUCAUUCUGUGUGAAUGAAUGCACCAUACUCAAACUGCAUAGAAAACAUUAUCUUUACAAAGUGAUCACUCUUUGAUACUUUUAUGAUGACUGUAGAGGUAUAUGUAGAGAAUCACACUGACAUUUAAAAUCUCAUGCCAAAUGUAUUCAGAUUAUGAUAGAAAGAACACCUAAGCAAGAAUUAUUAUAUCAUUCCUAGUUCAUUUAGCAGCAGAACUAUGCAUCAUGCUUAAAAGUGUACCGCUAAAUUUAGAAUAAUUAUCAUUUUCACAUUCCAUCUCUCACAAAAUAGAUCUGUUACGUAUGGUAAGCAUUCAGAUUGAAGUGUUUAUAAUGAAGUUACGUCAUCAAAUAUUGACUGUUACUCUUACACUGAUUUUUUGCUUUCUAUUUGCUUUUGCUUUUUUUUUU